GUGGGAGAGGACACUCUGAUGCGUAAUUUCCCCGGUGCCCCGAUCCGCUCAUUGGUGCGUCUCUCCAACGUGUCACCAGUUUUGGUGGAUUACCCCACAUAUCUACAGCAUCAAGAGGGUGAGACGCUACUCUGCUUUCCAGCUUCUGUCCUGACUGUGUCACAGCUGCCAGCAAGAACCUCUGACAACACUGGGUGGAAAGAAGCACUCAGUGGAGAGUUUUUAGAAGAUUUUUGUUUUAUUAGUAAACUUACUCCAACUCCAAAAAAAAAAAAAAAAAAAAUGCUAAACUUUUCUUUAUGCUGGAGGAUGACGCCGUCUUUUUCAUUUAUUUCACUUCUGCUACUGGCAACUUUGCUGCUGAAGGGGCUCCGGGUCAGCGGCUCCCCAGCCUGCGCGUCCUGUGGCUUACCGGCAAUGGAGAAAGACGCAGAGCAGAAGAUGAUGAUAGAGAUCGCCAAACAGCACCUUUUGGAAAAGCUCCACCUGAAAGAGAGACCGAACAUCACUCAGACGGUGCCUAAAGUGGCGCUUCUAACUGCGCUGCGCAAGCUGCACUCGGGGCGCGUCAGACAGGAUGGUACCCUUGAACUAGAAAACAGUCUACCUACCAAAGAUCAAGGCUAUGAAAUAGUGAGCUUUGCAGAUAUAAGCGAUUCAGACAGCGGUGACAAGGCCAGCCUUAGCCUUACCUUUCAGUUUCUGCAGGAACGGGGCAAGAGCAUCCAGGUCCUUCAGUCCUCUCUGUGGAUUUAUGCCAAAUUGUCUGAAGAUCCUCACCGGAGCUCCCGCCUCCUUGCCCGGGUCUUCCUCUCGACAGAUGAAGAGACUUCAGACUCUAAUCGCACCCUGGUGAUAGAAAAGAUGAUAGAUGUUAAGGAGAGCAACUGGCAUACCUUCCCCAUCACCCACACGCUGCAGACCUUUUUGGACGGAGGUCAGCGGCGACUCCGGCUUGAGGUCAGCUGCGAAGAGGGUGAAAGGAACCUUUGCUCCUUUAAUGGCUCAACUGACAAAGCAAACCAGCCCUUCAUGGUGGCCCAGGUGCGUCUGCGUGAUGACCACUCCAAGCACUUAAUCAGAAAGCGAUCACUGCGCUGUGGAGACGAGGUGACAGUGUGCUGCAAGAGAGACUUCUACAUCAAGUUUAAGGAUAUCCAGUGGGAUGAGUGGAUCAUUGCACCUGAAGGCUACCACAUGAACUACUGCAUGGGUCAGUGCCCCCAACAUCUAGCCGGCUCCCCGGGCAUAGCAUCCUCAUUCCAUGCUACGGUCUUCAAUCAGCUUAAAGUCAAUGGCAUCAACACAGCCACAGCUUCAUGCUGCAUCCCCACUGAGCGCCGGCCUCUGUCCAUGGUCUACUUCAACUCUCAGCACAGCAUCGUCAAAACAGACGUCCCUGACAUGAUAGUUGAGUCCUGCGGAUGCACAUAAACAAUAGCAUUAGAGGCUAUCUGAAAUACGCAGAUAUUAAAGACUGAAAAAUUAAAGAGGGAUGUUUGCUACUGGACAACUUACAGUAGUAGGAGGUUUUCACAUGUGGCUAAAAUAGAACACGAUAAAUAUAACCAAAGACACUGAAUGCCUAUAUUGUAACAUUUUUGUGUAAUUUUUAAAAUUGAAUCCCUGUGUAUAAAUUAUGGUGUUAUUAGUAAUUUUUAAAGAGAUCUUAAGAAACAAAAUGCUUUGUCAAAAGGUUUACAGAAAAGUUUUUAGUGUUUUUUUAAUACAAAUAAAAAACGAUUUAUAUUUGCAGAAUUGAAAUAUUGUUUUAAGGUUAGAUAGAUAGGGCCAUAAUAAAUAAUACUGCAUGGACAUUGAUUGGGGAAACAAAUCUAUCUAGCA